AUGGCGAAGCAGGUCAGCAUCGCCUACGAGGCGUUGCCGACGGGAAAGGACUACGAGGCCAUCCGGGCGGACGUUGAGCGGCAGAUUCCCCUGCGCAACUUGCAUUGGGUGCGCAGCUCGUCGGCGAACAGAACCAUCAGGACAAUUCAGACGCUCCCGCUCGACGUGCGACCGCUCAGCUCGUUCGGCGGCGCGACAGAACUCCUCGAACGGCCGUACUUGAACCUGCUAUUCGUUGUGUGCGAUGACAACGAGGCGUACCGGGCGACCGUCCGCACCCAGAUUCGCGAAUGGCUCGACUCGGUUACGGCCAAGUACCACCAGGAAUGGCUCAUCGUCCACGUCACGUCGGGCAAAGGCAGUGGCGCCAAGUUUUACCAGCGCAAAAGCGCCAUCGUCGACAAAAUCAAGGCCGACUUCAACGUUGGCAAAAAGGACCGCUGCAUACAAGUCGUGCAGGGCUCCUCAGCGGACGAUCCUACGGCAUGGGCCGAGUUCCUCUCCAAGGUCAAGGAGGGGCUGAUCGCAACUUUCGACUCGAACGUCGCGCUCUACGAGGAGAGCGUUCGCAAAGCCGACAGUCAGCGGCAGCUGAGCGGAUGGCAGUUCCUGCCCUUCUUCCGCCAAAAGGAAGCGCUUGCGGACUCGUUCGAAGCGAUGACGCUGUACGAAGACGCGCUCAUCCAGUACGACGAGCUCGAAGCAUCAUUCUUCCAGGUCUCGAAAGAACACGCACAAGCGCCUUGGUUCCGCAAUCUCGGCGGCGUCUCUCCCGGAGACGAUGCACUUCCGCUUCUCUCGACGACCAACAAGCCCUACCGCAAGCUCAUCGAGACGGACGCCAUCACGAUCUUCGACUUUCGGAUAUACCUCUUCGCGAGACAGGCUGUCAUGCUGUUCAACCUUGGCAGGGUCGUCGAGGUUGCGCGAAGAGGAGCGUACUUCGUCAGCACCUUUGCGCGCAAGCUGCGGGAACAUCAGUCUACGCUCGGCCCGAGCUUCGUCGAAGCCUGGACGUAUUCGGCUUGCCUCAACAUCGUCUCGGAGUGCGGGCGGCGGAUCGACCAGGACCUGUCGGACCCGGCGGCAACGGGCUUCGUGGCUGUCAAGGCGGAGUUGCUGGAGCUCGCGAAGAAGCAGCUCGACAAGCUCGGCAUGGGCGCCGGACACCUUCCCUCGACUCACCCCUUCUCGAUGAGCUUCAACGAGUCGUCCGCGUCGACUGUCAGCGGCAGCUCCGCCUCGUCGCCCACAUCUACUACGCCUCCGAACCGCCAGCCCGUUACUCGGAAAGACCUGCUCGACGCGAUGGACAAGCGAGAAGCGUUUGACAAGCUCUACGUCGAGCUCACCCAGAGGUCACUGCAAGCGUACCAGGCGAGCGGGAGGAAGAGGUGUGCUGCGAAGCUUAAUGCGUGUCUUGCGGCACUCGAGCAAUGCCGCGGACGGCUUCCGACCGCUCAAAAGCUCUUCUCACAACUUCCGACGACCUACACCGACUUGCGCUGGACCGCCAUCGAGUCUUAUCUCUUGUCGCAGUGCACGUCGCUGCAAGAGUCGCUCGAUAUGUCCAAGGACCGCCUCCUCUCGACUCUCGCGCUCGUCCGGUCGGGCGUGACCGUUGGAAGCAAGGAGUGGGGACUGGAGCCUGUCCUGGAUCAUGUCGUCGACUGGAAGCGGCAGAACGCCGAGCUGGCGAAAAAGCUGAUGGACGACGUAUACCAGCUUUCGGCGACGCUGAGCAAGGACUUCGCCGCCGUCGCCUUUCCGACUUUCCUGAUUUGCUUGAAGGAGGGCAGCGGCGGCCGACCAGUUGACGAGGACGGCGUCACGGCUACGGUACUCGUCCGCAACAUCCUGCCUUGCGACGUGCGCGUCGACGAGGUUCGCCUCAAGCUGGCGACCAUGCAGGGAGAGCAAGUUUGGCUUACGGCCGGCGCCUGCACGCUCGCGCCUGGCGAGACGCCCGUGACCGUCUUCUGCCCCACCUCCGUCACCGGCCGCCUCACGCUCGAGCUUUCGCAACUCCGCUUCUCCCGCAUCAUCUUCCAGUACUCUCAUCGGCCAGUCUCGACCCGUAACCUCGCGCCUGAUCCUCGACAGGUACCGGUGACCGACAAACAGCCCGCCAUCUUCCUUCCACCCGACCAGCAGGCGGUCCAUAUCUCCGUGGAGGAACCGCAUUCCGUCCACCUCGACCGGGAGCGAAGAAUGAUCCUCAACGUCGACCCCGGCCGCAACACCGUCUCGAAGAUUGCCGUCCGCCUCGCCGUCGUCGGUCAAGACGUGCAUUUCGCCACGACGACCGCGGAAGGUCUCGACGGCAUCGCGUUUACCGCAGACGCACACGACGCCCUCGUCCUGCAGGACCUCUCACCCUACACAUCCGUUCGAGUCGCUAUCCCUUUAACCGGUAAUAUCGUCGACCCGAACGUACAGUUCUCGAUCACAGCGGAGUAUACGAUCUCGCGAAGACCGCACACGCGCCGAAGCUUACGACGAACGAUGACCUACUCGGUCGCACUCCCGCUCGCCGUCAACGUCCAGGACUACUUCCGCGAGGACUGCUUGCUGUCGAAGUUCUCGGUCACGACGGACGGCGUGCACGGCCUCAAGGUCAAGUUGGCGACCAUUUCUCCGCCGCCUUCCGUCGAAGUCAAGCCAUGUCGCCCGAAGAGCGAUGUGCCCGUGAUCAUCUCGCCACUUCAAACGGCAAACUUCCUCUUCAAGCUGCAUUGUGACCGACCUACAGAGGUGCAAGAUCCUCUUCGACUUGUCCUGACCUAUGCCUCAAUCGAAGAGCGCUUGCGCUCCAGAGUGAAGGCAGCCGUCGCCCGUGGCCUUGACGGUGCCAGCCUGCGCGAACACCGCCGAUGGAUCGUCGAAGCCUUCGUAUCCGAAGCUCUCGCCUCCACCGACCUCGAGCGGUACUGCUCGUCCGAGUCGCUCGACCACUUGGUAUACGAGGAGGCGACUUGGAAGAAGCGCCUCGACCUCUGCAUGGUCCCGUCGUCCGCUUGCGAAUCGGUCCUCUCGGCAGUGCAGGCGAUUCACGACGACGUACGAAGUGGCAAAGUGGUCGAGGACGUGUGGCGGACGUUGGAGAUUCCCUUGGACCUGCCGGCUCUCAACGUCCUCAACCUGGUUGAGAUCACCCCCGCCCUCUCGCGUACCGAAGUCGGCCAGCUCGUCCCCGCAACCCUCACCAUCCGCCCUUCCUUCCGCUGGUCCCGCACACUCGCGUCGACCGCCGCACCAAUCCGCCUCGCCUACUCCGUCGUUGCCAACUCGAGCGAGUGGAUUAUCAGCGGCCGCGCCAAGGGCGAGUGGGUCGCGCAGGACGGUGAAGAGGUCGUUGUCCAGCUCGGGCUUGUCCCGCUUCGCGCGGCAGCUAUCUUCCUUCCCUCCGUCGUCGUCCAGCCAGUCCAGGAUGGCUCGCGGUCGCACGAGCUCGUCAGCUGCGAGACGCAGCACGUCACGGCUGCUACGGCGGUCGAGGUCUUGCCCAUCACGCACAGGACGACGUUCGAGAUCGCUGUUCCUCUCGCCGCGUAG